UCACAUUUUAUUCACCAUAGCUAAAAUGUCCAUUUUUGUAACCAUCAUUCAAACGCUUUUUAAUUAAAUUUCUGCUCAUUUGAACUCGAAUCGUGCUUUUUUCUACAACAAUGUCCUCAAAAUAGAUAUCUAUUCCCUAAACAUUAAUUCUGCUGAUAAGUUUAACUUAACACGUAUUCAUAUUGUAUUUCAUUAAAUGUAGAACUGUAUUUACAUAUGACGACAGAGAUAAAGUUUCAAUAUAACCUAUGAAAUAUCUUCUAAACCGGAGUUGAACGGAAACAACCGAAGACAUGGUUGAUAUGCGCCAUCAUUGUAUACACACCGGUCUCAAAUAUCGACCGGUGUACACAAUGAUGCGCCAUUGUAUACAUGUAUUGUCGACAAGGAAGUACUUAACGGCUUGGGAAAUUGUAUCUUUUACGGAUAAAAUCGUAAUAAAUUAAGAGUUUUCUUACGUUAAACAAUGGAUACGUAAGUCUAUAGAGACAAAAUUUAUUGUAUUGGACUUAUACUAAGUAUAUGGUUACGUGGCAACACAUUAUUCAACCGUAAACAAACCGUUCUUAACAACCGCUAUUAAUAGCGCAUAAAAUGGAGGUUUCGGGAAAGAAGGAAAAUAGACAUCAAGUUCAAAUGUCAUCUUCGGGAUCAUCUCAAAGUUGUAAAGUAUGUCAACCUUGUAAAGCUGACGGUGAGAGCUUAGAAGCCGAUGGUUUCUGUCAGAACUGCCAGGAGUAUCUUUGUAAAACGUGUAUCAAAUAUCAUCGCAAAGCAACCCUAAGUAAGCAUCAUACUAUUUUGGAUAAAUCUAAUAUGCCGAAGAAUGUUGAACCACAAACUGUCAAACAACUAUGUACUUUGUCCUGUAAUAAACACAAAAUAGAGAUAAUCAAGUACUUCUGCAGUGAUCAUUAUACAGUUGGGUGCGGUUAUUGCAUGGUAAUUGACAACAAGGCAUGCAAGGUUGAGUUUAUCCCGGAUAUAGCUGACGAAUUCACCAACGGAGAGGAAUAUAAAGCUAUUCUUGAUAGACUCGUGAAACUCCAAACAAAGGUUGACUCCAAGAUAAUGGCAUCAGAGACAGGCAAGAAAGCAUGUGCUGAAGAAUUCGUUACCGCAGUUCAAGAAAUCAAAAGAUUCCGCAAGGAGAUUGAAGAUUAUUUAAGCAAGAUGGAACAAACAAUACUCAAGGUAUGUGAACGUCUCAGGAAAGAAAAUGAAAAUGCUAUAACUUACAAAGAGGGUUUCCUGAAAACUAUCAAGUCUGAACUAGAUGACAUUGCUGAACGUUUAAAGUCGCAGUCAAAGAAAACCACUGACCUGUUUGUUGAAGCAAAGCAAACAGAAACACGACUGAGUCAAAUAGAGCAAGACAUGAAGCAAAAUGUAAAUAUGGUAUUAACUGAGUAUACGUUUGUACGUAACAGUGACUUGGACGCGAUGGUUUCUGGAAGCUGCAAUCUGGGAAAACUUUCUUCAAAGUCAUCUUGUUACAACCAUUCAAUGGAAUGCAGCAUUGCUGAAUUUGAACCAGUAUUUGAUAGUGAAAUUAAUGUUCAUUCAAAUGCUGACAAAGAGGGUGCCAUAAUUUCAAACAUGCUUCUUUUAUCACCAGAUGCACUUUUAUGCGUAGAUAAUGCAAACAAAUCCGUUAAAGUGGUAGACCUAAAACAAAAAUGUAUUUCAUCACAGAUUCUCUUGAAAUCUGGGCCUUGGAAUAUAACGUUCGUUGCCACCGACCAGAUUGCAGUUACAUUACCUGGUAUUAAGAAGAUUCAUUUUCUCUCAGUUAAAGACAAGAAACUGACAUCAAUCAGAGAAAUAAAAGUCAACGGAGAAUGUAGAGGGAUAGCUCACUACCAGAAUACAUUGGUGGUAUCUUUUGUCGGACCACCAAAACUUCAAAUUUUAACACUGGACGGAAUGGUAACGCGCAAUAUUACAGCUGAUACUUUAGUUUGGCCUGGUUAUGUAGAAGUUAACGUGUGUGGAAGUAGUUUCUUUGUAUCCGACAAUGGAAAGUAUUCGUUGAUGAAAUUUUCGUUUGAUGGAAAAUUACUUGCCACUUAUCAGGACGAAAGUUUUAAGUAUCCGAGGGCAUUUACCGUUUGUGAGGAUGGUUCAGUUCUUGUUUGUAGCAGUGGAAAUAAUACCUUACAUCUAGUUUCGCAAGAUUGCAGAAAAAUCAAAAUCUUGCCGAUUGAGACAGAUAGGCUUAAUAACUUGCAGUCUGUCUGUUUUAAUGAAGCAACUUCCACGUUGUAUCUAAGUAAUUAUUAUGGAAAGUCCAUCCUGGUAUACAAGCAGGCAUGACUUUGUCAACCAUUGUUCUGACUUUCGUUAUUGCAAAGGCAAAGUCAUUUAUAAAUAUACUUACAUACAACCAUUAUUAUAUGUGUUAUAUAUAUAGAAUAAAAUAUUUAAGAAAUGUA